UUAAGACAAACUUUGAAUGAAUCUGUCAUUAACAUUAUUUUGUAGUGCCUGCAUAUACACAUAGCUUUGCUAAUAUCGCAAUGAACAAGCCAGCAGUCCAAUCCUCAACCUAUAUAUAUCACAGGUCAAGGAGAAUGUAGUAGGAUUUCCGGCUCAGCUUGGAAAGCUGUCGACGGAAUCCUGAAUCCUAGGUAUUGCGCAGGUUCCUGCUCCCAUACGGGGGUUGAGGAUACGUCUCCAUGGUGGCAGGUUGAUCUGGGAUCGAAAUAUUCCAUCACUCAUGUAGCAAUUCUCAACAGGGCUUUAUUAGCUGAACGACUGGCUGGUUUCGAGAUAGAAGUCUCUAUGAGGAACGACACUGAUCCGAACGGUGAGCUGAGAGACGCUGUGUUAUGUUUCAAAGACACCGGACUACAACUCAUUGCUGGUGACCUGAUUAACGUGACAUGUGCCGAGCAGAUAGAAGGCCGCUACUUACGGAUUUUAAAAAGACGUUCACCAAUUCUCACUCUCUGUGAAGUCCUUGUUACAGGUGUUCCGGUCGGAGAUCAAACCACCAAUGAAGAUACUACUUCCACAAGUACGACAGAGGCUGCUCCGUCGGACCAUUUCAAUACAACUUGUCAUUCUUGUCAAUGUCACAACACUAAUGCAUCGUUGAAGUAUAUGAACAAAUCCAUUGAAAAUCUCAUCCUGGAACUUCAAGAAAAAUUAUUGGUCCAUAAAAAGGCCACUUCGUCCUUUAAAAGGAAACUACUUAGUGCGAGGGACGGCAGAUUAUCUUCACAAGUCAUUGGAUCCGCCGGAUUACUUAUUCUUGUACUUGUCUGUAUGGUCAUCGUAUUGCCCGAUCUGGUCACAUUCAUCCGGUUCGUACGACUGCGUUUACGGAAAACUGAAUAGAAUUUCAAAGAAACACUAAAAACAUGACUGAAUAUAUGGGCUUUGGUUUGGUUUGUUAGUGUUUAACGUCCUUUUAACAGCCAUGGUCAUUUAAGGACGUGCCAGGUUUUGGCGGUGGAGGAAAGCCGGAGUACCCGGAGAAAAACCACCGGCCUACAGUUAGUACAUGGCAUCUGCCCCACGCAGGUUUCGAACUCGCAACCCAGAUAUAUUAGCGUAUAUUAAAACAAUCUAUACAUGGAAUAGCAAACACGUCAGCGUUUGAUAUGCAAAUUGUUUGUAUGACAUAAUGUCGUAUUGUUUGCGUCAAGGCGUUCGAUCACAUUCUAUGCAUUUGUGGGGGAAACCGAUUACUAACCUUACGGAAGUUUAUAAAUAUCAGAGGUAAAACUGUUAUCACUGGGGAUCCCUUUAAUAGUACUAUCCUUUGCUUUCAACAAAAUAGUACGGAAGUGCUACGCAUUACAUGUAUACUUCUAGUUGUGCACUAAUCUCUAUAACCGGUGCUAUAUCUAAGUGAACAGGUGAGCUGCCGGAAGAGGUUCCGACUCGACUUCAAUUUCAAUUUCAACAAUUCAAUAGGAAUAGGCAUAGCAUGAACAAGUAGUCCGCUUAAAGUGACAACACGUGGUAAGAAAUACAGUUACAUUUAUAUACGUCCGAGAUGUAAUAUAAACGGUACUUAUCCGGAUAAAAAAGGUAUGUCUGCAGGAUAUGAAUUUCUGAAAAUGUUAAUAUGGGGAAAAGAAUUCUAACAGCGUGGACAGUAAAAAUGUCAAAUUUCGUGGCAGUUGCGUUUCUUUUUUUCGCUAGUAUAUAUAUAGGUCACCGAUGCAUUAGUUUGGUCUGCUAUAUUUUGUGCCAAUGCUUUUCAUAUACUUUAUGUUGUUUAGUCCUAAUGGCAAAGCGGUGAAGCAUACAUUUAAUGUUAUGUAUUUAUGGCCAUGGAUACAGGGUAAUAUGAAGGUUUGUUUACCCUCAGCUCUCAUAUUUCCCGAGGACUUGCCCGAGGGAAAUAUGAGAGCUGAAGGUAAACAAACCUUCAUAUUACAAAUGUACCCUGUUUCCAGGGCCAUAAAUUGUUUAUUAUACCGAAAAAUAAUCAGUAAUGAUGAUACUCAAAAAUAAACUGAAGAUAUGAAAUAUCAUUUUUAUCACAAACCCCUGUGAUCCUGGUCGCUCAAUUGAUACGAUUCCAAGUCAAGGUGGUAUUGACAGUUUCUUUUAGAAACUCUUGGAAACAGUUGGCGUGUACAUUUGUCAAUAUUUUCGUGUUCUGAGCAAUCCUGUUUUGUAGAAGUUUAUCCAUUUCUGCUUCUUCGACUGUAGGAAUACGUUUCCGUUUCUGUUCGUCUGCCAAUUGUAAAUAACUGGAAGUGAGACAACUCCUCGCAACAGAAUAUGGGGGUCGGCAUGGGGGCACGCGGCCCAAAGAGAUAUCACAUUUGUCUCCCUGGCUCACGCGCCUCAGGGAGAAAUGAUGUUUUGUCCCCCUUCCACGUGAUGCGUUUCGGCUAAUCACAGGCAGUGUUAACACAUGAGGUAUAAUAACAUAAUACGUCAGCAAUCUACGGGAGAGGCCGUGUACCCCUUUUAGUGUUGUAGUUUUGAAAACUGUCGUCUUUCCUUUCAUGGCAAUUUUGGUCAAUCAAGGAUUUUGACAUUCAUCUUAAUACCAAAUAGAUACCUUAAAACAUGAAAUAUUGAUCUACCGCACCUUAUCUUCAUCGGAAAACUAAGAGGUUCUUUAUCGUGCGAGUUGGUCAUUCUCCAGCGGAGCAACACUUUGAGUUCCAUCCUUCGGUCUGAGUGUAUUUGUGUGGUUAGUGGUUAAUUAAGAGCUGCUGCUGUUGUGUAUGUUUGGUUUACAGCUCAGUUAAAUAAAAUAUAUUGUCAUUAUUAACAUCACUAAUGGUCCCGUCCCCUAGGUUGUUACAUCAAAUUCCAACACUGCAGCUUUGUAUCAUUACUGUAGUUCGUAAUCCCGGCUGUUUCGGUCACAGUAUAUAUAUAGCGUAUGGAUUUACUUGGUGGUAAUUGUAAAGCUGAUAGUAUCGUGCUUUUAUAAUGUUUGAAAAUAUGCUAGGUUAGAUUUACUCAGUCUUUACCUGUAAUCCGCUAACCAAACCAUGUUCCGGGGCGGUUUCUAACCAACUUAACUCAAGUGAGAUAAACGUUUAAAAAUGAGAGCACCAAUGCACGAAUGGGCAAGGAAGAUUUAGAAAAUCGGGUGAAAAUCAAACCAAACGUUUUUAAUAUUUAUUGGAACGCUAAUUAAGUAUUCCGUUCGAACAUUAACAACUUGUUUUGUGGGUCUAUGUAUUUGGAAGGCAGUAAAGACAUGUAUUGAUCCGUUUUAUUUGUCAGGUAAGAUUUCCAUUUAGAUUAUAUAUUUUAAUAUUUAUUACAUACUAUCGGAAAAAAUCAAUUACAGUAUAUACACCUCAUCGUGUUUACCGGCAAUUAAGCAAACACGUGUAAUCUUUACUCUUUACGGUUGACAUUUGAAAAAAGAUAUGUGUAAUUGAUAAAACACUUUGAUGUCACACUUUUUCAACCGUGAAAUUGACUAUUCUUUUAGUAGAAGUACAUUCUGUUUAAAUAUUAAAAUAUGAUUAAUGAAUAUUUAGAUACCUAAAACCGAUCUGUAUCGUUAAAAAUGCUGUUGAAACUCUACAACUUCACCUUUGAACGUAGUCUACUUUGACUUGAUGCUCAUAGUACGCUUAAAUAUUGUGGACAAUAUUUUUUUGAAAAUUGAAUAAUUUGAAUUGAAUCCGACCUUGUAAUUGUUUACUCUUUUCAACAUGAUUUUUUUAUGUUUAUUAAACAUAUUUAUAUUAUC